GGUCAAUGGUCAACAAAAAAUAUUUAGUGAACCCAGUUAAUAUCAAUAGUGUCUUUUGACCAAAUAAUUCCGGAUCAUCUCUUUCAUCAUCUCUCCGGCGAACAUUAGGGUUUCUUCUUCCGAAGCUCAGCUAUCAUUCUUGUCAUACAAAUGCCGCGGUAUUACUGUGACUACUGCGACACUUACUUGACCCACGAUUCUCCAUCUGUAAGGAAGCAACACAAUGCAGGGUACAAGCACAAGGGAAAUGUUCGGGUAUACUAUCAACAAUAUGAGGCACAACAAAACCAAUAUUUAAUUGACCAAAAGGUUAAGGAGCAUCUUGGGCAAGCUGCGGCAUUUCAACAAGUUGGUGCUGCUUACAACCAACUGAGACCCCGUCUUCCAAUGAUGCCUAUGCCUGGAAUGAAUCCAUAUUUAAUGCCUGGAAUGAGACCACCAAUCUCUCUGCCAAGACCUCUUCCUGGAUACCCUGGAAUGCCUCAAAUGUUAACACCGCCAGGUGCACCGUCGAUUCCCGGUCAGGGUAACCCAUCAAUGCCAGGUCAGGGUCCAUCAAUUCCAGGUCAGGGUAACCCAUCAAUGCCAGGUCAGGGUCCAUCAAUUCCAGGUCAGGGUAACCCAUCAAUGCCAGGUCAGGGUAACCCAUCAAUGCCGGGUCAGGGUAACCCAUCAAUGCCAGGUCAGGGUAACAAUGGUGUGCCAAGACCAAUGUCAUUUAAUCCCCAUAUGAUGGCCCCAGGGAGCUCAGGAACCCCUACAUCAGGUGCCCCUCCAAUGUUCACACCAAAUAUGUAUCAAGCCAACCCAACGCUACCACCACCACCAUCUGGUGGAUUCGAGAAUUCAAAUGCUAAUUCCCGAUCUCAAGAUGCCGAUCACUAAUUAAUCUUCUAGAAAACAGUGAGAAACAAACAUGAAACUUUUGGCUGGAGAUGUUGGUUUAAGUUUUGUUACCUUUUACUUUUGUUUCAGAAUUAGCCUUGUUAAAUUAGUCUUGCGGUUUAGUGGAAAUAUUGGACGAAUGUAUUAUGGUAUGUUAUUGUUUUUUUCAAUUUAGCAAAGAGAGAGUUGCUUCUUGGAAUA